GGAAACAGUGGAGGAAGCGACACCAGAAGCGACCCCAUUUGGUCGCGCACCUUCUCGUUGCGCCCUGGUUUUAUCUGAAGAGCAGAUUUUAAAUUUACACACAUGUUGAAGAAACGUUUUGGCUCGCUGUGGGAAUAAAUGAGGCUGGCUGCCGCAGGAUUGUUCCAGUUACACAGCCGUGCCUUGCCUGCCGCUGCCCGAAAGUCACUGAACAAUAGGAGUGAAGUGGUCCUACAUGGACAUUAACCGUUUUAAUCUGCUGUCUUUCAACUAACGCAUGAUGGACAGAUUGAUGGAAAGCUCUUCCGUCCCAUCUCGCAGGCAAUAGGGGAAAGAAUGUGUCGCGAUUCCACCAUUGUUCCUCUAAACUCGGAGGCUGCCGACACUUUUUUUUUUAAAGCUCUUCAUACUAAUUUAUAAGCGCCAGGGCGCCCCAGUUAUGAGGCGCCUGUGAUCAGGUUGGAGAGAGCGCACCAAAGCUACCUGUUCCCACAUUUACGUCCGAAAACUUCCUUCUAUUUUUUUUCCUGUGGGGGAGGGGAACGGCGACUAAACUAUCUGUACUAUAUAGAUAUGAUAUUUGCUUUAUGAUCAUUCCUAACUAGCAGCAUCAUGACCAUAGUUCUGGGAUUGAAGACGCUGUGGCUUCUGGCGCUCUCUUCACUGUCCCACACACUGGCAGUAAAUAACAGCGGGAGAUGGUGGGGUAUUGUAAAUAUUGCCUCUUCCUCGAACCUGUUGACCGACUCGAAAUAUGUCCAACUGGUUUUGGAUCCAAGCUUGCAGCUGCUGAGCAGAAAGCAGAGGAAACUGAUCCGACAGAACCCGGGCAUAUUGCAUAGCAUCACAGGAGGGCUGCAAGGCGCCAUCAGGGAGUGCAAAUGGCAGUUCCGCAGUCGGCGCUGGAACUGUCCGACGUCCCAAACUCCCAACAUCUUCGGCAAGAUCGUCAACCGAGGCUGCCGCGAAACGGCCUUCAUUUUCGCUUUAGCCAGCGCGGCGGUGACCCACUCGGUCUCCCGCUCGUGUUCCGAGGGCUCCAUCGAGUCGUGUACGUGCGAUUACCGGCGGCGGGGCCCCGGCGGAGCGGACUGGCACUGGGGCGGGUGCAGCGACAACAUUGACUUCGGUCGCGUCUUUGGCCGCGAGUUCGUGGAUUCGAGCGAAAGGGGCAGAGACCUGCGCUAUCUGACAAAUCUGCACAACAACGAGGCCGGCAGACUGACAGUCCAUGCGGAGAUGAGACAGGAGUGCAAGUGCCACGGAAUGUCUGGCUCGUGCACGGUAAAAACCUGUUGGAUGCGGCUCCCUGCCUUUCGGACAGUGGGGAACUUGCUAAAAGACCGCUUUGACGGAGCGUCCCGUGUGAUCUACAACAACAAAGGCAGUAACCGCGCCUCCCGGGCAGACGUGCGGCACCUGGAGCCCGAGAACCCCGCACACAAGCCGCACUCUCCCCAAGACUUGGUGUACUUCGAGAAGUCGCCCAACUUCUGCGCGGCCAACAGCAAAAUGGGCACCACCGGCACCGCGGGCCGUGCGUGCAACAGCACCUCGUUGGGCCUGGACGGCUGCGACUUGCUGUGCUGCGGAAGGGGAUUCCGUACCUUGACCCAGCGGGUGACCGAGAGAUGCCACUGCACGUUCCACUGGUGCUGUCACGUUAGCUGCCUGAACUGUACCACCACACAAACUGUACACGAGUGCCUUUGAAGGU